CGAUACCGGUUUGCUUCCUCCACUGCACACACACGGCGGUAAGGAUGAUUAGAAGCCCAACAACCAGCUAGCGAAGUAGGGAAGAAUAUAAGCCUAACAACAAUACGACGAGGUAAGGGGCGGAAAAGGAAAAAUAUAAUAAAUGUGAAAGUAGCAUCAUCGGAUUUGCUACUUGAAUGAAGUCCAAAGAAACCAGAAAUCCAACUUUGGCCAAAAGAUCACGGCCAAGGCGGGCCGAGGAGCAGAGCACUAUCAAUAAGGGCACUCUCGCUGAUAGUCUCUAAAACACGCCAAACAACAGGUAUUUCUGUCACCAGAUCUGGAUUUCUCCUCAAAUUUGGGUCGUUUUUGUGUUGCCCAUAAACCAUAAGGGAGUUAAAAAUCAGUCAAAAUAACUGUCUACCGGAUUCUUCUGUGGGUUAGUGAUCAAGGCAUCUAGGUAUACGGUAAGCUGCAUUUCUAAUAAUGGGUGCCAGAGAAUUUAAUGUCCCUCCGAUGGAUUUGGGUGGUGGCAUCCCUGUGUCACAGCCCAGAAGGUCUAUAAACCCUCCAUUCCAACCCCAGGUGAGGCCCCCUGUUAGCACAAAUCUUCAUUUUAUGUCGUUUGACGUUGGAUCUGCGCCUACAUCAUUUGCACCCCCUCCUGCUUAUUCCAGAAACAGUUUUGGAGCCUUCGAAGACGAGCCUCCUUUACUGGAAGAACUAGGUAUCAAUACCCGCCUCAUAACAAAGAAGACCCUAAACCUUCUGAAUCCCAUCAGGGUUAAUCCCAAUUUGCAUGAGAAUGCAGACCUCUCGGGCCCAUUUCUAUUCUGUAUUGCAUUUGGGAUCUUUCAGCUUCUGGCAGGGAAGCUUCAUUUUGGGGUGAUUUUGGGCUGGAUUACCGUGGCUUCGCUAUACCUCUAUGUUGUAUUCAACAUGUUGGCAGGGAAGAAUGGCAGCUUGGAUCUGUACCGGUGUCUUAGCUUGGUGGGUUACUGUAUGUUGCCCAUGGUGAUUUUCUCAGCACUCGCUCUCUUUGUCCCACAUCAAGGGGUUGUAAUGUUUGUCAUGGCAGCGGUUACUGUGGUUUGGUGCACGAGGGCAUGCAGCAACUUGCUGCUUGUUCUUGCAUCUCAUGGAGAUGAACACCACAAAUUGGUGGCGUAUGCAUGCGGCUUGAUCUACAUGUUGUUUUCUCUCCUGGUGAUUUUCUGAGAGAGGUAUUACUGUUUUUGAUAAAGCUUCACAAAUUUAUCACAGCAACUGCUUGGUAAAGUUGCCAUUGUAUUUUUAGGGAUUUUGUUGAAAAGGAUCUACGAUGAAGCCUUUAUAUCGUUUGGAAGAAAAUUUCUAAAAGUUUGACAGAGUUUAUGUUUUACUUCAAGAACUUUCAUGUGUUUUGAUCAUUAAAUUCUUUAAGAUUUGACAUGA